AUGUCUCUACCGCAGCGGCCGGGCAAGGCCUCCCCGCGCCGAGAUGAGCGCAGCGCCUUCCGCGAACCCUCACGCCGCCAUCGUCACCGAGACAUUGAAACCGGCGCCUACAGCGACGACCCUCAAUCCUCUCCCUCUUCACAUCGCCGACACCGUCGACACUCACACAGCCACCGGCGCGGAGCUGACACCGACGAGGAGCGCAUGGAAAGAGGCGGAGAUGUGAGACGUAAAAAGAAUCUCGUAAAGCCCGAGCGACGUCAUGUGGACAGAGAAAAUCGCGAUUACCAUUACCGCCAGCGAUCACAGCAAAUGUCAACAUACCCCUCUGCUACAGGAAACGACCCGUUACUCGAUCGCGACGGUGAGGCCGAAACCAAUAGUACCCGCAGCAUAAGUAUCAAGACCAAGGAUUAUGGGAACAUCAAUAAGCCUAUGGACCGUGCGCCUAGUCGCCAUCGCUCGAAAAAGAAGAAGAGGUCGUCUUCUCGUCGAGUGUCUCAGGAUUGUCUUGUUCCGGAUUUUGUGCUCAAGUGCUUUGGCAUGCCUCAAAAGGAACAGCGUACUGCUUGGCGAGAGAAAAUCGGCCUCAUCAGUAUCAUUCUCAUGAUCGCUGCCUUUGUCGGUUUCUUGACAUUCGGUUUCACCGCUACGGUUUGCGGUACACCUCCGUUGCGUUUGAAGGUAAAUGAGGUUGGCGAUGGUUACAUGAUUUUCCACGGAGAAGCGUACGACCUGACAGACUCCAAGCAUGCUGCUGCUGAGGGCAUUCCUGCUAACGCUAAUGUGCUCUUUUUGUUCCAGCAAGUCAACGGUGCUUGCAAGGGUCUUAUCACCGCUGUGGAUGGCGGCGGCGUGCCCACUAAUUCGAAUGGUGAUCUUGGUUGGUACUUUCCCUGCCAAGCCUUCAACCAGGAUGGUUCAUCCGAGCCAAAUGAGACGGUUUCUUACUAUCUUGGCUGGGCUUGCCAUACCAGUUCAGCCGCACGUACGCCAUUCUAUUCUUUGAGGAGUUCUGGGGAUGUCUAUUACACUUGGGAAGACACCAAGAACAAGAGCCGUAAUUUGGCCGUGUACUCGGGCAACGUUCUCGACCUAGAUCUUUUGCGCUGGUUCAAUACGUCGCAGGUCUCAUAUCCCAAUGAAUUCGAUUUGCUGCGUGAGAACCCCGCGGUCCGCGGGGUUGAUCUCACUUACUACCUUCAAAGCGGUGACCAGAAGAGGAUUGGAAAGUGCUUGGAACAAAUCAUCAAAGUGGGCAGCAUCGACACUGACACCGUCGGGUGCAUUGCGUCCAAGGUCGUGCUUUACGUCUCCCUGAUCUUCAUUCUCUCUAUUGUCGUUGUCAAAUUUGCUUUUGCCUUGCUCUUCCAAUGGUUCCUGGCGCCUAAAUUCGCCGCUCAGACAACGAGUAUGAGCUCGGAUACACGGACUCGAAACCAGCAGAUAGAAGACUGGUCCAACGAUAUCUACAGGCCUGGGCCUCGUAUCGCUGAUCCUCCGAUCCCUUCAGUUAGCAAGCGUGCCAGCUUCUUACCUACGACGUCGCGUUUUUCCAGUCCAUACAACGUCAACGCUUCAAAUGGGAGCAAACAGCCCUCGCAAUAUGUCACCAUGGCCAGUCAAAACUCGACUUCUCGGCUUAUGCCGAGCUCCACGACCACAGGAACCAUGUAUAAGAUGAGCCAUAACAGCAGUGGCGAAUUUGCCAGAAUCAAUUCCGAAUCCGAGGGUCCUGGCCCUGCCGGAUUUAUUCACGAAGCCGUCGUCCCGCAACCUCCUGCCGAGUGGCAGCCUUUCGGGUACCCGCUGGCUCACUCACUCUGUCUGGUCACUUGUUACUCUGAAGGGGAAGAGGGUAUUCGAUCUACUCUGGACUCCAUUGCCAUGACAGAUUACCCAAACAGCCACAAGACCAUCCUUGUCAUAUGUGACGGUAUCAUCAAGGGCAAGGGAGAAGAGUUCUCUACUCCAGACAUUGUUCUUGGCAUGUUGAAAGACCAUGUCAUCCCCCCUAAUGAGGUUCAACCUUUUUCCUAUGUGGCUGUGGCUACUGGCUCGAAGCGUCACAACAUGUCCAAGGUGUACACUGGUUUCUAUGACUAUGGCGAAACGUCCGUUAUUUCCCCCGAAAGACAGCAGCGUGUUCCCAUGAUGGUCAUUGUCAAGUGCGGUACUCCUGCCGAAGCGACUGCGUCAAAGCCUGGUAAUCGAGGCAAGCGAGACAGUCAGAUCAUCCUGAUGUCCUUUUUGCAGAAGGUCAUGUUCGAUGAGCGUAUGACAGAACUCGAGUUUGAGAUGUUUAACGGACUAUGGAAUGUCACGGGCAUCCCACCCGACUUCUACGAGGUUGUCCUCAUGGUUGACGCCGACACAAAGGUCUUUCCGGAUAGUUUGACACAUAUGAUUUCCGCGAUGGUCAAGGACCCCGAAAUCAUGGGUCUUUGUGGAGAGACGAAGAUUGCCAACAAGACAGACAGCUGGGUGACCAUGAUACAAGUUUUUGAAUACUUCAUUUCCCAUCAUCAAGCCAAGUCUUUCGAGUCCGUCUUUGGUGGUGUCACCUGUCUCCCGGGCUGUUUCACUAUGUACCGAAUCAAAGCCCCCAAAGGCGGCCAAAAUUACUGGGUUCCUAUCCUCGCCAAUCCUGAUAUUGUGGAACACUACUCGGAAAACGUUGUCGAUACUCUCCACAAGAAGAACCUCCUCCUCCUCGGCGAAGAUCGUUACCUCACAACCCUCAUGCUGAAGACUUUCCCCAAACGCAAACAAAUCUUCGUUCCCCAAGCUGUCUGCAAAACUGUCGUUCCUGACAAAUUCAUGGUCCUUCUCUCCCAACGCCGCCGCUGGAUCAACAGUACUGUCCACAAUCUGCUCGAACUCGUCCUCGUCCGUGACCUAUGCGGCACAUUCUGCUUUAGCAUGCAAUUCGUCAUCUUCAUCGAAUUAAUUGGAACUCUCGUCCUUCCCGCCGCUAUCGCAUUUACCAUCUAUGUCAUCAUCUCUUCCAUCAUCCGCAGACCUGUUCAGAUCAUUCCCCUAGUCCUACUUGCUUUGAUUCUUGGUCUCCCCGGAGUCUUGAUCGUCGUCACCGCCCACCGUCUCGUUUAUGUCCUUUGGAUGCUGAUUUAUCUCGUCUCUCUCCCAAUUUGGAACUUCGUUCUGCCUACAUACGCCUUCUGGAAAUUCGACGACUUCAGCUGGGGUGAUACGCGCAAGACGGCCGGUGAGAAGGACAAGGGGCACGGUGAUGCCGAGGGCGAGUUCGACAGUUCGCAGAUUACCAUGAAGCGUUGGCGUGAUUUUGAAAAGGAGCGCCGUCUCCGCAACACAGCCUGGGCCCAACCCCAAAACGGAUACUCCCACUACGAGACGUACUCCGAUUACUAA